AUGGCGCCGACGAUGAAGCACUGGACCCUCAAGGGCACCGAGAACGACUUUGAUGAACUCGUCUUCGGCAGUGGUCCCGUCCCCCGCGUGGGUGAACAUGAAGUGCUUGUCAAGCUCCAUGCGGCUGCCUUGAAUUACCGUGACCUUAUCAUUCCGAAGGGACUGUAUCCCUUCCCGCUCAAGCUCCCCGUCGUCCCCGGCUCCGACGGUGCCGGUGAAGUCGUCGAGGUCGGCUCCAAGGUAACGAAAUGGAAGAAAGGCGACAGGGUCGUGACUCUGUUCAACCAAGGCCACCAAUUCGACCCCAUUGAUAUCAAUGCCACGAAGACGGGCCUCGGUGGUGUCAUUGACGGCACUUUGCGCGAGUACGGUGUCUUCAACGAGAACGGUCUCGUCCGCGCACCCUCCAAUUUGAACUUCCUCGAAGCCAGCACCCUGACUUGCGCGGCCCUGACCAGCUGGAACGCCCUGUAUGGUCUUCGGCCAGUGAAGCCGGGUGACACGGUCUUGAUCCAGGGAACCGGUGGUGUCAGUGUGUUCGGAGUGCAGUUCGCCAAAGCCGCCGGUGCCACCGUCAUCGCUACUACCUCGUCGAACGACAAAUUCGAGUUCCUCAAGAAGCUGGGCGCCGACCACGUUAUCAACUACAAGCAAGAUCCCAACUGGGGAGAGACGGCGCGCAAGCUCACGUACAACAAUCAGGGCGUUGACCACGUGCUGGAUGUUGGUGGACCUGGCACUUUGGAGCAGAGCUUGAAGGCGAUCAAGUUCGAGGGCAUUAUCAGCAUCAUCGGAUUCCUGGGCCACUCUGACCCGAAGGGCAACCCGACACUGCUGGAAACUCUCUCCCGGAUCUGCACGGUGAGAGGCGUGUAUGUCGGCUCGAAGGCUCAGAUGGAGGACAUGGUGAAAGCCAUCGAGGCCAACAACAUUCACCCUGUGGUCGACAAGGAAGUGUUCACCUUGGAAAAGGCCAGGGAAGCGUAUGAAUACAUGUGGCAGCAGAAGCACAUUGGAAAGGUCACCAUCAAGAUCGAGUAA